UUCUUUCAUGCCGCCUCAUCAUCUCUUCAAACGUGACCAUAUACCCCAGACUCCUUCCGGCUGCUGGGCAAUAGUAAACCUGAAGAAGCUGCAUACAAUCGGCAUCUCAUAUGGCGGUCCCUCAUCAGAAGACCAUAGUUCUUCUUCUCGUUUCUUUCCUCCUGUUCUCCUCGAUGUCUCCCAUUUAUUCUGAUUCUGAAAAGGUUUCUCUGGAUCUGUACUAUGAAUCCCUUUGCCCUUACUGUUCCAAUUUCAUAGUUAAUUAUUUAGUCAAUAUAUUUGAAAAUGGGAUCAUAGAUAUCGUCGAUCUUACUCUCGUUCCCUGGGGUAAUGCUAAGCUUCAUGGAAACAACAACACCUUUACGUGCCAGCAUGGUGCGGAUGAGUGUUUGUUGAACACUGUAGAGGCUUGUGCUAUUGAUGCCUGGCCAGAUGUGAAAGAACACUUCCCGUUUAUAUAUUGCGUGGAAAGCCUGGUCUACAAUGAAAAGUACAGUCAGUGGGAAACAUGCUAUGACAAAUUGGUCAAGGAUCCAAAGUCAGUUUCUGAUUGUUAUGCCUUAGGGAGGGGUGAAGAGCUUGAGUUGAGCUAUGCAGCGGAUACAAAUGCCCUUGAGCCUCCUCAUCAGUACGUGCCAUGGGUAGUUGUGGAUGGACAGCCCCUAUAUGAGGAUUAUGAGAACUUCUUAAGCUACAUCUGCAAAGCUUACAAGGGAAGCGCCGCAAAUCCAAUUUGCAGUGAAUUGUCUGUAAAAGAGGGGAUGGUCAGUGUUGUCACCAAUCCUUUGGGUUAUACCAAGAGAGCCACAUACAAGUUGUAAAAACAGGUCUUUUAGCACAAGUUCACACAAAAUUUGUCGCCUUUAUGUUGUUGCUUAGUGUAUGUAAUGCGUGUAUAAUUAAAGGAGGGGUGCUCUAUAAGGCCAGAAACAAUGCCAUAUCUAUUGUAAUGGAAGAUCAGGAGGCAUACUCUUUGCUUAGUGUAUAUAUAUCAUAUUGCUCUCUGAGUUUGAACUAAAAAACAUUUUGUGGUCAUGAUUAUAGACGCAUAAAGGAGUUCAAGUCUUCUCUUUAUUUGAAUCA